CGUGUCAUCAAGGUCACAGGUGCCCCAGUCACCUGGUUUCAUCAACCGGCACCAGCCGGUCACCGCUGUCCCUCGCUCGGUAGGUGCUGCACUGGUUCUUCCCGCUCUCUAUAUAAUUCCACCCUGAAAAUGCGAAAAAAUAAAAAAGAAACUUCUUCUCCUUGCCAUGGCGGUCGUGAACAACCAUCAGUAGCAGAGACCCAACUCCAAAAACGCCUUCAAAAUCAAAAUUAAGCUUCAAGGGAGAUGGCUUUAGAGGCUUUCAUUGAUUCCAAAUAUCCAUUUGCAUUCUGUUCCAUGACAUCAACCCCAGUGACACAACCUUCAAAUUCUGAUAAUGUACAACAUAAAGAUGAGCAGUUUCAGGCUGUGGUAACUUCUCUCUUUGGUGCAUCCUCAGGAAAUUUUCUUGGUAUUUCAGCAAACAUUCCACACUCAAAUGUGGGUGUUGUCUCUGCCAGCACAAAUCCGACUGCGUUAAAUUGUUUGACCAACGUGGGAUUGAGAAUUGGGGAUAGUUCUUCACUUGCUGGGGUCAACUCAGCUGGUCUGAAAUUUCCUGAUAUGUAUAGAAGUUCCAAUGCUGACAUAGAUCACCAUAAUUUACAGGCAUUACCACUGUUUUCCUCACAUAAUUCAAGCAUUUCAGGAUCCUCCACUAAUAGUGAUUUAUCUGUAGCACAACUAGAUUCCCAUUUAGGCAGAAACCGCUCACAAGCGAGGAAGAAGAAAUGCCAGCAAAGAUGCUUCACUACCAAAUCUCAGUCUGGAUUGCAAAAGAGUCAGAGGGCACUCCUAAAUGCUGAAGAACAGGAGCUUUCUACCUCAAAUAAGACGCAUAAAAGACCCAGAUUAGACAUUAAACAAGAUGCUGCUUUACACCAGCAGGCCAUUCAGCGACAACGGCAGAGUCGAGACAAAAUGCAAUUGCAAAGUCAUUCUCCAAUGCUAGACGCAUUAGAUCAGCAGCAUGAGCUAGAAAAUCAGCGGCAGCAAAAGAUUUUGCAGUCAGUUCCAGAGUUACGAGGAGUUGACAUGAAGAACCAGAGGCAGCAACAAAUGAGGGAGUACCUCCAACAGCUGGCAGAUCAACAAGUAUAUCGUAUGCACCCUUGCAGUGGUAAUGUAUGUUCACGCCGGCUGACACAGUACAUGUAUCAUCUGCAGCAUCGCCCACCUGACAAUAGUAUUGCCUACUGGAGGAAAUUUGUGGCAGAGUAUUAUGCUCCUUGUGCCAAGAAAAGGUGGUGUUUGUCUCUGUGUGAUCAUGUUACACUUCAAGCCAACAGUGUCUUUCCUCAGGCAUCUAUGGGCACAUGGCAGUGUGAGUUAUGCAGCUCUAAAUCUGGAAGAGGGUUUGAGGCAACUUUCGAAGUGCUUCCUAGGCUUAAAAAAGUACAGUUUGAAAGUGGUGUUAUCGAUGAACUUUUAUUUCUUGAACUGCCAUGUGAGUGCAGACUCCCUUCUGGGUUAAUGAUGUUGGAAUAUGGUAAGGCAGUUCAUGAAACUGUUUUUCACCAAUUUCGUGUUGUUCGUAAGGGCAAACUUCGUAUUGUCUUCACUCUUGAUUUGAAGAUACUAUCUUGGGAAUUUUGCUCGAGUGACCACGAAGAACUGUUGCCUCGAAGUUUAAUUGCGUCACAGGUUAAUGAGUUUGUUCAUGCUGCACAAAAAUAUCAAACAAUCCUUGAAGGCAGUGGAUCAGAUAAGAUAUCACCACAUGUCCUAGAAGAAAAUUGCAAUAUGUUAUUAUCAGCUGGAUGCAAGCUUGAAAAAAUUUUGGAUUUCCAGCUGGUUGGUGAGUUGGGGUUCUCGAAGAGAUACAUCCGGUGCUUGCAGAUAGCCGAUGUUUUCAAUAGCAUGAAAGACCUAAUGACUUUCAGCUGGGAGACUAAAAUUGGACCAAUUGAGAGCUUGAAGAAUUACUCCCAAAAACUUUCUGCAACCAAAUUCCAGAAAAAUGAAUUUCAAGAAAAGGAGAAGCUUGUUUCACAAGGUAUGGCAGCUGACACUACUAAGCUGUUAUCUUCUUCCGGUGGUCAAAGCAACAAUGAAAAUGUCAACUCAAACAUGAGCAAGGAUGGACUUUUGACUACCUCUGAAAUGGCAGCAUUGGCACAUCCUGGUGAUUACUGCAAAUUGCUGAGACAGACAUCCAUCAACUCAAAUGUUAGCAAAUUGGGGGAACCUUCUAGUUUAUACAAGAGGGCUAACGACAGUCGACCAUUUCAAGGUCCCAAGAUCUUGAAUCCAGAAUUUACCCAGAACUUACCCUUGUCGAUUUCCCAGUUCUCUGAAAGCAACCAGAACAUACAAGACUGUAUGAUUCAAAAAUUGCUCCAGCAGAUGGUUAAUAACAGCAGAGCAGCGAAUUGGGCAGAGAAGGAAUCAGUAAAUCAUAUCAUCAAUGAUAUACUUGCUGGCUUGCCAACAAAUGCCAAGGACACAGGUUCGUUAGGUAAUGUGGGGACUUUUGAGAACAACACAUCAGUUGAAUCAAUUUCAGAAAAAUAUAACAAAGAACAGUGGCUUUAAGCCUGCCUCUUUCAAGGAUCCUAGUUUCGUCAAGAGACAUCCAACUUUGCAAAAAUGAUAUAGUUUGCAUGAGAUCCAGAAUAUGAAUGCGAGGUUUCCAGCGGAAUUCAUGGCCGAAGCGCAUGCCAUGAUCGGAAGGCAUGACUUGUCAUGAUAUUUUGAUUAGAUUUUUGGGCAUUAGCUUUUGAGUAUUAACUUGGUUGAGUAUUUUUGGAUGGUAGCCUAGCAUUUGGGAAAAAUGGCUGUACAGAAGAUAUCAAUGAGCCAUUUCGGCCAAGAUAUCAAUGAUUUUAGUAAUAUUGUUACGAUCUGAAAGAUUUCAUAGCUGUAACAUGUUGCUCUCACUUAGGGAAGGUUGUGUAGUCCAAAACUAGUGUAAAGCAAUACACCUGCAGCCAUAGUAUGACUAUUGUUGUUUAUUAAAUGUACAAUUCAACAGCUAGGAAUAUCAUUUCCAGUUCUCCACAGGUUGAUUUUGGAUUCU